AUGGACGAUGCCGAGGUAUGGGACUGUAAGCCUCUGACUACGGACGACGAGGGAAACAAGCUUUGGAAGCUAGAACGUAUGCCUAAGCAGGACGCCUCGCCGGCGGAGAGCAUCAAAGAAUCCAAGCCCAAAGAGCUGGGCCUUGACGUCGGGGUCUAUAAUGCAAGACUCUAUCCGGUUGAGUAG